CGCCACACCCCCCUUUCCCAAAAAGAAACAGCUUCAGAUUAAACUAAGAAAGAAAAAAGAGAAGGGAAAUGGAAACAGGGAAAGGAGGGGAGAGAGGGUGAGAUUCGAGAAAGCAGAGAGAAAGAGAGGGAAGAGCGCCGGUGGAAGGGGGAAGACGCGCCAGAGCUGGAGGGCUGUUCCGCCGCUCCUCGUCGCGGCUGAAGCCGUCGCCACCACAGAUGCGUCCGCGCCAUCGAGUCGUCGCCGCCGAACCACCCGCGAGUAACAGAACCGCGAAGAGAAAGAGUGCAUGAAGAGAGAGAGGGAGCCGAUUCUGCCACCACCGCCGCGUCCAGCCGCCGUCGCUUACUCCAUCACCGCUCCUAGAGGCGGGUGGCGGAGCUUCUACCGCCGUUGAGAUCCACCACCAUCAGCGCUGCCGUCAAAGGGAGCGCGCUGUCACAGUUCAAUCACAAUCGAGCUUGAAGGGAAGUGCCACUGAAGUUGCCCGACAGCAGUUUCCCCUGCGUUCCCAAUCCCAUUCUUGAAACUGUAAUAUUCUUGCUCAGUGCAUGUUUGGGCGCCAUUAUUUUUUAAUGUGUUUGGCAAAUUUUUAGUAGUAAGAGUAAAAGCACUAGUAAAAUCAAAAAAAGACCUUUUUUGAGAAGCUGUAAUUUAUAUCUUUUUUUAAAAGAUCUUUUUUCCUUAAAAAAAAAAAGAUGUUUUUCAUGUAAUAAAUAAACAAAAAAGUACUUUUAUAUUGUUAUACCCAAACAUAAUUGAUAGAUAAAAAGACUUUUUUACAUGAGAUAUCCAAACAUAAAAUUACUUUUACUUCUCUAUAAGAUCUUUUAAAAAAAAUAACUCGAAAAAAAAUCUUUUUUUAGAAGCUCACCCAAACAAGUCCUUACUCUGCUUCCCGAUUUUAAUUCUCUAUAAUUUUUAUUCUGGAUAAAAUAGUAAUGUUCCUGUUUAGUACUGCUGUCGCCGUCGUCAAUCUGGAUCCUAGCUCGUUGCUGCUGAUGAUGGUAAGCCAAACUGUCAUCCUUGAUGCUGGAGAAGGACACCAGAGUUACUAUUCUGGUUUUAAUGCAAUUCGUCCCUGUCCCGGAUCACUGUUGUCUUCUGUUCUGCUUCUGCUUCUAGUUGCGCCGGGUUAAACCAUUGAGCCGUGUUUGAUGGUGUUGUUGGUGAGAGUUUUCAGUGUAGCUAAUGCCACUGCCGUUGUUUCAUUCUCUUAGUACAGGUCGAGUUCUGCUGUGAAUAGUGCUUUUUGGGCUAUACGGCUGUGGGAAAUAGUCGGAGUCAAUGUCAUUCGAUUUUGGAAUGAGGAAAAAAAAAGGAAUUCUCCAACGCGUUUGGUUUGUGGUUUCGCGAGCUGCUGAACAGAGUAAAGAUUUUUAUCAACCAAGUAUUUCUGGAUCUGCAAUUGAAAAGGGUGGUCCUAGGGAGCCAUGGCAUGAUAUACAUUGUAAUCUUGAAGGGCCUAUUGCAUGGGAUGUUUACUCCACCUUUGUGCAGAGAUUUUGGAAACAUGGCACAGAUCAGGGCAUGCUUUUUUCAGAAGAAAAGCUUAAGGAUUUCAUCAUUACACCAUCUCAAGUAACGAACCCUGAUGAUGACGAUGACACGUGGAAUGUUCAGUUGUUCAGAUCCAUUGAUGAUACAACUACUCUUGGUUUUCCAGAAACCGCUAAAGAAGCUUUUGAACACGGGCUUAUUAGUGGGGAGAACAAGAUGAUAGAUCGGAGCAUUCAAGAUGCAUACAUUAAUGCUAUUCGGCGAGCAAAGAAUUUCAUAUAUAUUGAGAACCAAUAUUUCAUAGGAAGUGCUUUCGGGUGGAGUGUGGAUAGCACAGAAUUUGAUUCUGUUCAUCUUAUCCCAAAGGAGCUUUCACUCAAAAUUGUUAGCAAGAUUAAAGCCAAGGAGAAGUUCAUGGUGUACGUAGUGAUUCCAAUGUGGCCGGAGGGUGUUCCAAUAAAUAACACUACUGGAGCUGUUCAGAAAAUAUUAUAUUUGCAGAAGAGGACCAUAGAGAUGAUGUACAAGGACAUUGUUCAAGCACUCAAGGAAGAGAAAAUUGAACAAGAUCCUCGGAAAUAUUUGUCAUUCUUCUAUCUUGGCAAUCGAGAGGUGAAGAAGGACGGAGAGUAUGUGCCUCCACAGAGACCAGAACAAGGUUCUGAUUACCAGAAAGCCCAUGAAGAAAGACACUUCAUGAUUUAUGUGCAUUCCAAGAUGAUGAUAGUUGAUGAUGAGUACAUAAUCAUUGGAUCUGCCAACAUCAACCAGAGAUCAAUGGAUGGUGGAAGAGACACCGAAAUUGCCAUCGGAGCUUAUCAACCGCACCAUUUGGCUACCAGCCAGGGUGUUGCAAGAGGCCAAAUCCAUGGCUUCCGCUUGUCCCUAUGGUACGAGCACCUUGGCAUGCAUGAAGACACCUUCCUCAACCCAGAAAGUGAAGAAUGUAUUAACAAAGUGAAGCAACUUGGGGACAAGUAUUGGGAGUUGUAUUCUAACAAAGAUUUACUUGGAUCUAAUAACCUUCCUGGUCACUUGCUUCGGUAUCCUGUUGACAUUUCUACUGAUGGAACACUCACAAAUCUCUCAGGAGUUGAGUUCUUCCCUGACACUAAUGCUCCUAUUCUAGGUGACAAAAACCCUACUAUCAUGAAUCGAGUUCUUCCUAACAAGAUCUUCACCAUGUAACAUGCAUGCAAAAAAAGUGUCCCACAAUUCUUAAAGUUCAAUUCCUUGAUCAAAAUAAGUAUCCUUUAUUAACAUCUGGUUUAUUGUUGUACCUGUUUGAUAAAAGAUACCUUUAUCUUAACUUUUGAUAUUAAAUAAAUGUUGUAUUGCUUGUACUUCGUGAAUGAAA